GUGGCCAGGGUGGGCCCCUCCCUCGCCGGGCUGGCCCCAUUUAAAGCGCAGCCGCGGGGGUGGGGGCGCCAGAGCGGCGCAGACGAGAGACCAUGAGGGAGAUCGUGCACCUGCAGGCCGGCCAGUGCGGCAACCAGAUCGGGGCCAAGUUCUGGGAAGUCAUCAGCGAUGAACACGGCAUAGACCCCACCGGCACCUACCAUGGAGACAGCGACCUGCAGCUGGAGAGGAUCAACGUCUACUACAACGAAGCUUCAGGUGGCAAGUAUGUCCCCAGGGCUGUCUUGGUUGACCUGGAACCUGGCACCAUGGACUCCGUCAGGUCUGGACCUUUCGGGCAAAUAUUCAGGCCUGACAACUUUGUCUUUGGCCAAAGUGGUGCUGGGAACAACUGGGCCAAAGGACACUACACGGAAGGAGCCGAGCUGGUUGACUCUGUCCUGGAUGUGGUAAGGAAGGAAGCGGAAAGCUGCGACUGCCUCCAGGGCUUUCAGCUGACCCACUCCCUCGGUGGGGGCACGGGGUCAGGAAUGGGAACUCUGCUGAUCAGCAAGAUCCGGGAGGAGUAUCCAGACCGCAUCAUGAACACGUUCAGCGUGGUACCGUCACCUAAGGUCUCGGACACGGUGGUGGAACCUUACAACGCUACCCUUUCCGUGCACCAGUUGGUGGAGAACACGGACGAGACGUAUUGCAUUGACAAUGAGGCCCUCUAUGACAUCUGCUUCCGUACCCUCAAGCUUACCACGCCCACCUACGGCGAUCUCAACCACUUGGUCUCGGCCACCAUGAGUGGCGUGACAACUUGCCUCCGUUUCCCCGGCCAGCUGAACGCCGACCUCCGCAAACUGGCUGUCAACAUGGUGCCCUUCCCUCGUUUACAUUUCUUCAUGCCCGGUUUCGCCCCUCUCACCAGCCGGGGCAGCCAGCAGUACCGAGCCUUGACCGUUCCAGAGCUCACUCAGCAGAUGUUCGACUCCAAGAACAUGAUGGCCGCUUGUGACCCCCGCCACGGCCGUUACCUGACCGUCGCGGCCGUCUUCCGAGGAAGGAUGUCCAUGAAGGAAGUCGACGAGCAAAUGCUGAAUGUGCAGAACAAGAACAGCAGCUAUUUCGUGGAGUGGAUCCCGAACAAUGUGAAGACGGCUGUUUGUGACAUUCCGCCCCGUGGGCUCAAAAUGGCCGCCACCUUCAUCGGCAACAGCACCGCCAUUCAAGAGCUCUUCAAGCGCAUCUCGGAGCAGUUCACGGCUAUGUUCCGCCGCAAAGCCUUCCUCCACUGGUACACGGGCGAAGGCAUGGAUGAGAUGGAGUUCACGGAGGCCGAGAGCAACAUGAACGACCUGGUGUCGGAGUACCAGCAGUACCAAGAUGCUACCGCUGAGGAAGGAGAGUUCGAAGAGGAGGCUGAAGAGGAAGUAGCGUGAAGGUCUCUCCUGCACCCCCCGUGACUCCUUUUUAUCCCCACCAGUCUUCUGAACCAAUGGACCAUAUUCCUGCGCUGGCAUAGACUUGGACAUUCUAGGUCCACCCUCAAGGAGACCAGAGCUUCCUUCCCGCCUGCCAAUGCCGUGGUGUCAACUGCUCCGUUGGGGAUUGGUGGGGAUUGUAGUCUCUGUUCAGGAAUGGCAGCGAGUGGUGAUAUGUCUAGCAAAAGCACUCUUUUCCUUCUCACUGGCUCCUCCCGCUCCAAAGCACCUUCUCUGCCGUGAUGUCUGUCUUUAGUGUUCCGUAUGGUCACGUGAAUCUUUUAGUUUCCCAAAAAUGAGUAUGCACUAACUCGUAAUCCGCAUUGUUCUAGGGUUUUUUCCCCCUUCCCAUCUAUGCCAGGCUUAAAGGAAAGGGUAAUGGAAUUCGGGGUGGGGGUGGUUUGUAGGAUCGGGACUCUGUCCUUUAGGGUGAAACGUAGUCCUCUUUUAGUGUGUUUGCUGUCAAAACACUUGUAUGUCUCCACAAUAAACUACUGAGUAUUGGUACAACCUAA